UUUCUAUAGAAGGAGAGGAAGGAAUGGCCAAUUUACCGGUUGUUCACGAAGUAACAACAUUAUUUCAGUCCCUUGGAGAUGCUAUCACUGGUGACCCUGAUAGAGCUGCUAACCGUUGGAAAACAUAUGCAGAGCAGAGUGUGAUUGGCUCCGGGGCUUAUGCGGCUGUUGAAGCGGCUCGUGGAAACGAAGAGAGAGCCAUCGAAUUAGGAAAAGGAAUGGGAAGAGCUACUGGAUCUGCUUUACUUGGAGGGGGGGCUUUUGGAAAUGUUCCCGUCUUUCACGAACUGGCGACGGCAGGAAAUUCAUUAGGGGAUGUAAUUGGAGGCGGAGAUACUAAAACAGCUGCCCAAAGAUGGUGCGAUUAUGUGGAAAAUAGCGUUAUUGGCACAGGUGUCUACGCAGCAGUUGAGGCUGGCAAAGGAAAUACAGAAAGAGCAGAAGAACUAAGAAAGAAUAUGGGGAAGGCAGCGAUAAGUGCAGGUAUUACCACUGCCGCAGUUGCCGCAACCAUAGCAACAGGAGGUGCUGCAGCUUCCUUAGGUGCUGCAGCAACGGCAGGCGUUGGGGCUGCUGUAGGAGCUGGCGUAAGUGCUGGAGUCGCAGCAGCAGAGCAGGCACUUAGGAAAGAUAAAAUUGAAGCUGGGGAGGUAGUAGCGGCUGCACUGAUGGGUGGUGUGGGUGGAGCCGUUGGAGGCGGCAUAGUGGGCAGGGCAGCGGCGAGCAGGGCCGCAGUAGCAGCAGAUGUUGCUAAUUUGGAUGAAGUAGAGGCAGUUGAUGCAGGGAAACAAUGCUAA